AUGUCUAGCCGCGGCAACAGCGUCUAUGUCCACCAGAGCACUUCCAGCCGCUCUUCCAGCUCAUCUGGCCGCUCUGUAGCCUCUGGCCCUCGCCCUAGUACUACUACUACUUACCGCGAAUACGGUGCCACAGGCCAUACUUCACAAGUGACUCGAUCUGGCCAAAACAUUAUUGUCCAGCAUAACAAACGCCACUAUGAUCCCAGCUCGCCGUCGCCUUCCUAUAGGUCCUAA